CUUAUAAAGCAAAUCCCUCGGUAUUUUAAGACGUUUUCACAGCCUCUCUUCUGCUCCGUGUCGAACCUCGCCUUCCACAAUGGCUUCGGAGAAGAAGCUCUCAAAUCCUAUGCGCGAGAUAAAGGUUCAGAAGCUCGUACUCAACAUCUCCGUUGGCGAAAGCGGUGAUCGUCUCACCCGUGCCGCCAAGGUGCUUGAGCAACUUAGCGGUCAGACCCCAGUCUUCUCUAAGGCUAGGUAUACCGUUAGAUCUUUUGGAAUCAGGCGUAAUGAAAAGAUUGCUUGUUAUGUGACUGUGAGAGGAGACAAGGCUAUGCAGUUGCUUGAGAGCGGGCUGAAGGUGAAGGAAUACGAGCUUUUAAGAAGGAACUUCAGUGACACUGGUUGUUUUGGAUUUGGUAUCCAGGAGCACAUUGAUCUUGGCAUCAAGCAAUUCAUUGGUUGAAAUCUUAUUAUUGGG